AUGGAAGACACCCUUCUCACCUCACAGGGUCAAACCAAUACUAUUUGGGCUGGUAAUAUUCUCAAUAUCCAUGAUGUACCAAACAUUUGGCACAUUCCUCUCUUACUUAGGAACCAAAAUGCUCAUCAUUCAAUUCUUCAACAACUAAAUUUACUAAGCAUUGCUAUGCCUCCUGAACUAAGAGAUUGGACCAAGAUGGCAGAGACUUACGAUAAUCUCACAAAUUCUGUGAGGAUUGCCAUGGUGGGGAAGUACGUUGGCUUUACAGAUUCAUAUCUAUCUGUAGUGAAGGCCCUUUUACAUGCUUGCGUCGCAUGUUCUUUAAAGCCAUCAAUUGACUGGAUUGCCGCUUCUGACCUUGAAGAUGACAGUGCCAAACUGACACCAGAAGCACAUGCUGCUGCAUGGGAGACUCUAAAGAAUUCUGCAUGCGUCUUGGUUCCCGGCGGAUUUGGAGAUCGUGGAGUGAAAGGUAUGAUAUUAGCUGCAAAGUAUGCCAGAGAGAACAAUGUUCCUUAUCUUGGGAUUUGUUUGGGCAUGCAGAUUUCCGUGAUUGAGUUCGCAAGAUCCGUUUGGAGUUUAGAAAGGGCAGACAGCACAGAGUUCGAUGAACAUACACCAAAUCCUGUUGUAGUUUUUAUGCCCGAGGGUUCAAGAACACAUAUGGGAAGAACAAUGAGACUGGGAUGCAGAAGAACACUUUUCCAGACUCCUGAUUGCAUUACUUCAAAGCUGUACCAUAACUCGGAGUAUGUGGAUGAACGGCAUCGGCAUAGAUAUGAGGUGAACCCAGAUGUUAUUGGAAUUCUUGAAGAAGCGGGCCUAAAAUUUGUAGGGAAGGAUGACAGUGGAAGACGAAUGGAGAUUUUAGAGCUUCCAAGCCAUCCAUUCUAUAUAGGAGUGCAAUUUCAUCCAGAAUUUAAAUCACGGCCUGGGAAGCCCUCAGCUCUCUUUUUAGGUCUUAUCUUGGCAGCAACAGGGCAGUUGGAAACAUAUCUUGACCAGCAUCCAAAUACAACAAGGGAUAUUAAUGAAGUGCAUGGAGGAGGAUGUUCAACGGUUCAAUUUGAGGAUGGGGAAAAUGGAAGUCUUAUCGAAGGACAGCUGACGCUCAAAGUAAUAUUGAUUAUCAUUGCGAUGAUGAUGAUGACGAGCAAGGCUCUUGAGAAAGUUGGGGACAACCCGCAGUUCCAUCAUGAGGCGUCGUCUGAAGACACCGCCUUUUCUUGCCCAAGGCAAUGCCCGACGCAGCAGCUUCCAUGCUCUACGACCCCCAUCAGAAUGAUGAUGAUGACGAUCACCAUUAAUAGUUUCUUGGACAUCUUCAUCAUUAUAUCGAUCGUCAACAAUUGA